UCUCUGCGGCUUACCACCAUGUCCUCUCUAUCGCUCACCUCUCUCGAGUCCCAACCGGCGACCGAUGCUGGAAUUACCGCGCUCACAGUACACAUCCCUUUCGCGUCCGACGCCCCCGACCGCCACCUCGCGGCAUACCAGGCGCUCAAAGCUGCCCGGGGCAUCGCCGCCAACGAAAACUACACCGAAGAGUGUGCGGCGCUGGCACUGGAAGCUUAUCUGGACCCCGCUCUCACUGAACAGCGUCACCUGUGGCGCGAGCGUGUGCUGGCGCUGACGAAGAGCGUUGUCGACAAGAACGCGGCGAGUCUGAAACAUGUGGAGAACAUUUUGCCGAGCGAGGGUGUUUUGGAACUAGUGGAUUUUACGCAGGCAUUGGAGGGGCUUGAAGCUCUGGAGUCUCUGAGCGUGCAAUGGCCGCUCCGAGGAACACUUCCGACUACGAUCCUGCUCAACGCCGACCUCUCCUCUUCCACUGCCCUCGCACCCAUAACGGAGAGUUAUAACGAAUUUCAAAGAGGAUUGACUGGCCUGCUCGCCAAACACGCUGCUACGCUGCGCUCGCUCCGGCUCUCCCUUCCACAUAAGGCCUCGGCCGCUCUAACCUUCUCCCCUUCCCUCAUUCCCACGCUCCCCAAUCUCCACAUUCUUGACCUCACCCACUCUUCGCCGCCCAUCCCCGCUCUUACGACCCUCCUCUCGUCCCCAGCUGUCCCUGCCCUCCGCCACCUCAUACUCGACCAUGGCGCAGAAAUCCCGCUCUCUGACUUUGACGACGAAGACGAAUUCGAAGAAGACAUACAAGAGCAAAAAUCGUGGGCCGCUCUCGGAACGUGCAUCGCCGCCCGCCAGACCCCAUUGCGUUCGCUCUGCGCCGCUCUACACGACGCGCGUGCCUCAAGCUGGCCCGUCGGCGUGCGUAUGACGCCAGACUCUCUCCGGUCCGCGCUUGCUGCGGACGUAGGUAACCUCGUGCUGUGCACCGCUUGGCCUGGGUUGCAACCGGACAGUGAGCAGGAAGGCAAGGCGGAUUUGUACAGCCAUGCCGAGGGCUGUGGACAUCUCGCAUAUGGAAAUGAGUGGAAGCCAGUCACAGGGCUGUGGUCGGCCAGUAGCGAGCAGGGCCGCGCGAUGGGCGUGUUGAAGGGAAGUGUGUGGUACUGA